AUGGCAGCACCCUCGAAGGUCCCCUGGACAAGACUGAUACGAUUCAUCGGCGCCGAGGACGGCGACGACCAGAUCUACUUUGGCGACGCGAUCGUGCCGACCGCGGAUUUCGACAUUGGCGAUCCGGCAAACCAUGCGUCCUUGACCGCGAGGGUCGUCACGGGCGACCCAUUGCUUCCGACCUGCCAGGUCACGGACCGCGUGCUCGGCGUGAAAAAGCUGCUGGGUCCCUUGACGUACAAAAUGGUUCCCAGCAUUCGAUGCAUUGGAGGGAACUACGUCAGUCACCUGCGCGAAAUCGGAGUCGAACCCCUCAAGUAUCCGGCCAUGUUCUCAAAGACGUCCAACGCGCUGGCCGGGUACGGGGACGACGUCGAGCUCGCGACCUUCAUCCAAGACGACCAGGCCGAUUACGAGGGCGAGCUGGCGAUUGUGAUUGCCAAAGACGCGAAGAACGUCUCGCAGGCGGACGCCAUGGACUAUAUCCUGGGCUAUACGUGUGCGAAUGAUGUCUCUGCGAGGAAAUGGGCCAUGGAUCCAAACCUCGUAGGCACAUUCCCACCCCCUCAAAUGACGUACGGGAAGAGCUUCGACGGCUUCUGCCCUGUCGGACCUUGCAUUGUGUCUGCAGACGUCCUCAAGGACCCCCACGCCCUCGCCCUCCACACAAAAGUCAACGGCGAGCUGCGCCAGCAGAGCAACACGGCGGAGCUGCACUUCAAGAUCCCCGCCCUGGUCGAGUUCCUCAGCCGCGGGUCGACCCUCCACGCGGGGAGCAUCGUCCUCACCGGCACGCCUGGCGGGGUGGGGUUUUCGAUGAAACCGCCCCGGUUCCUGAAGGAGGGGGACACGGUCGAGAUAUACUUUGGUGGGAUUGGGACUUUGAGACACGGCAUCACGCAUGCAAAGUGA